AUGCCAAGUAACAGGAAAAUAACACAAAAAGUUGAAGCCUUCGAUAGUAACGUAACAAAGAGAGGCAAUGUCCCUCCUUCUUUGGUAAAAAAAGGAAGAAAGCAUCCAGUAGGACCAAUACUUCUUGUAGUCUUCAUUUUUGUUGUUAUAGGAUCAGUUAUUGUUCAAAUGUUGAGCAUUAUACAAAAGUCUAAAAUUUUCUGA